CUGUGUACACCCAAGGCGUACGCGCAGCAUUUCCACCGCCGAUUGACACGCCGCUCCGCCUCCGGCCUGCUGCCUCUCUCUCUCCCCUCCAAAAUCCCACCACCUCGACACCACCGGUCGCCAUGGCGCGGCGUCACCCCGCGGCCACCUCAGCUAAGCGCCGCGCCGCCCCUCCAAACCCUAGCCCGACCCCUCCGGCCGCCGACGGAUCGCAUCCGCUCCUCCACGCGGCUCGCCGCGGCGACCUCCGCCUCUUCAAGAGGCUGGUGAGAGAUCUGGAUAAGGGCAGGGGCCGCCACAGGGAGGUGGUGGAUGCGGCCAAGGAAGAAGGUCUCGGGGCGCUGCACUUCGCCGCCGGGAAGGGGAGGCUACGGGUGUGCAGGUACCUGGUCGAGGGGCUAGGGGUCGAUGUGGACGCCGUCGAUGACGCAGGUCGAACGCCUCUGCUUGUGGCAUUGCUUCGUGGAAUCAUGGAUACCGCCAGUUAUCUUCUUGAUCAUGGGGCAGAUCCAGGCAAGGCUGACGACGAAGGGUUUGCCCCACUUCACCAUGCUGCUACAGCAGACCGUAAAAUGGUGGAACUCUUGCUUGCAAAGGGAGUCUCUGUUGACCCAGUAUGUGUUGAUGGGACACCACUGUAUGCCGCUGCCAUUGAAGGGCAUGAUGAAAUUAUGCAAAUUUUGUUGGAGAACAACGCGGAUUGUAACAAGAAAAUACCUGGUAUUGACACCCCUCUUCUUGUUGCUAUAACUGCUCCCUCAGUGAAAUGUGUCAAGCUCCUGGUUGAGGCUGGUGCGGAUGUCAAUGACGGUAUUCUAGCCCCUUUAGUUGUUGCUGCUGAGAUGAAAGGCUCAACUGCAUGCUUGAAGUUGUUACUGGAAGCUGGUGCCGACCCUAAUGUUCCUGACCCUUCUGGUAGGUUUCCAAUAGAACUCGCUGCACAGCGCGGUACAAGGGAAGGUGUUGAGAUCUUAUUUCCUGUAACUUCUUGUAUUCCAACUGUGCAUGAUUGGAGCGUUGACGGAAUAAUACAGCAUGCAAGAGUGUCUAGGAAACAGGGUGCACAUUCAAAUGUAAGAACAAUAGAACAGUUUAAGUUACUUGGGGUUGAGUCUCUCAAGAGAAACGAUUAUUUUACUGCGGCAACACUGUACAGCGCGGCAAUGGAGUAUGACCGUCAUGAUGCCACCUUGUUGUCGGACAGGAGCUUUUGCUGGCUCUGCCUGGGUGAUGGACAUGAAGCUUUGCAGGAUGCACUUGCGUGCAGAGAAAUGAGGCCUGGCUGGCCAAACGCCUGCUACCGGCAGGGUGAAGCACUCAUGUUAUUGAAGGACUAUGGAGGUGCAUGCGAUGCUUUUCUGGAUGCAGCCAAGUUGGACCCAGGGAGUCCUGAGAUCGAGUCUGCGUUGUGGAAGGCUAUGAAUUCACUGAAGACAUCUUGUGGCGCAACACAGGCCGUUUGAACAGCACAGCAUGGGGCAUGCAGUUUCUUUUGCUUCUUGUGGAGUUCAGCUAUGCAACAUCCCUGAAUCGGCCUUGUUGUUUUAUCAGUUAACUCGGUGAGCCAGGACGAGGAAAGAAGCGGCGUUAGGGAUCGAUGGGGAGGCUCUUGUCAUUUUCAGCAGCUCUGCCUCUGCUCUUUUUAUUUUCUGUGUAUGUUGUGACCAAUGUCCAAAAGAAUAUGUGCGAGGAACCAGACAAUAUGCGGUAUUUCUUGCGCGUUCGUGUAAAAAAGAAGUGGUCUUUGGUCAGAGGAACUGAUUCCUUAAAUGAAAGUAAAGAUAGAGAAAAGAAGUUGGAAGGGUAGAUCAUCACCGUUGUUGCAAUCAUGGCGGCGGCUGCUGCUGCUGCUUGGGCAUGAUUUAGAACAGUACGUAAUUGCAGUGUUAAUAUUGUAAAUUGGUCGAUCGUUUGUACAUUGAAUGAAAGUUCAAAUCAUGAGCCGGAGGGUCGGUUGUUAUA